AUGGCUAUGGAGCAGGUGAUUGAGCCUGUGUUUGCCUCUGGAGUGGCUGCUCGUUUGAGGAGCCAGUGGGACCGCAAUGAGGGCAUCGGUCAGAAUGACAAGGCCCUGAAGUUCUUCGGCCAGGACUUUGAGUGUCUCCGGGCCCACAGUCUGCAGAGCAGACGCCUGUUUGAGGAUGAUGCAUUCCCUGCUCAGACCUCAUCGCUGGGCUUCAAGGAGCUGGGGUCACACUCUGCAAAGACACAGGGGGUCCGAUGGAUGCGCCCCACGGUGAGGGAGAGAUACAGUACAUCUGCAGGUUAUAACUUUCUACUGCAGAGAUGCUCCUAUCCAUCUUGAUACUUGUCUCACCCGUAGAAACUCUCUCUGUGUUCCUCAGGAGUUCUGUUCUGACCCUCACUUCAUCGUAGACGGAGCCACGCGUACAGACGUCUGCCAGGGAGCUCUGGGUGAGUUCAGAUUGCCCACAAUGUGCCCAACCUCUGCCCUACUGUGCUAUGGAGCUGGGCUUUUGGACUCCUACAGUGAGGGGAAAAAAGUAUUUGAUCCCCUGCUGAUUUUGUACGUUUGCCCACUGACAAAGAAAUGAUCAGUCUAUAAUUUUAAUGGUAGGUUUAUUUGAACAGUGAGAGACAGAAUAACACAACAAAAUCCAGAAAAACGCAUGUCAAAAAUGUUAUAAAUUGAUUUGCAUUUUAAUGAGGGAAAUAAGUAUUUGACCCCCUCUCAAUCAGAAAAAGAUUUUCUGGCUCCCAGGUUGUCUUUUAUACAGGUAACGAGCUGAGAUUAGAGCAGACUCUUAAAGGGAGUGCUCCUAAUCUCAGCUUGUUACCUGUAUAAAAGACCAUGUCCACAGAAGCAAUCAAUCAAUCAGAUUCCAAACUCUCCACCAUGGCCAAGACCAAAGAGCUCUCCAAGGAUGUCAGGGACAAGAUUGUAGACCUACACAAGGCUGGAAUGGGCUACAAGACCAUCGCCAAGCAGCUUGGUCAGAAGGUGACAACAGUUGAUGCGAUUAUUCGCAAAUGGAAGAAACACAAAAGACCUGUCAAUCUCCCUCGGCCUGGGGCUCCAUGCAAGAUCUCACCUCAUGGAGUUGCAAUGAUCAUGAGAACGGUGAGGAAUCAGCCCAGAACUACACGGGAGGAUCUUGUCAACGAUCUCAAGGCAGCUGGGACCAUAGUCACCAAGGAAACUAUUGGUAACACACUACGCUGUGAAGGACUGAAAUCCUGCAGCGCCCGCAAGGUCCCCCUGCUCAAGAAAGCACAUAUACAUGCCCGUCUGAAGUUUGUCAAUGAACAUCUGAAUGAUUCAGAGGAGAACUGGGUGAAAGUGUUGUGGUCAGAUGAGACCAAAAUGGAGCUCUUUGGCAUCAACUCAACUCGCCGUGUUUGGAGGAGGAGGAAUGCUGCCUAUGACCCCAAGAACACCAUCCCCACCGUCAAACAUGGAGGUGGAAACAUUAUGCUUUGGGGGUGUUUUUCUGCUAAGGGGACAGGACAACUUCACCGCAUCAAAGGGACGAUGGACGGGGCCAUGUACCGUCAAAUCUUGGGUGAGAACCUCCUUCCCUCAGCCAGGGCGUUGAAAAUGGAUAGUGGAUGGGUAUUCCAGCAUGACAAUGACCCAAAACACACGGCCAAGGCAACAAAGGAGUGGCUCAAGAAGAAGCACAUUAAGGUCCUGGAAUGGCCUAGCCAGUCUCCAGACCUUAAUCCCAUAGAAAAUCUGUGGAGGGAGCUGAAGGUUCGAGUUGCCAAACGUCACCCUCGAAACCUUAAUGACCUUAAUGAGAUCUGCAAAGAGGAGUGGGACAAAAUCCCUCCUGAGAUAUGUGCAAACCUGGUGGCCAACUACAAGAAACGUCUGACCUCUGUGAUUGCCAACAAGGGUUUUGCCACCAAGUACUAAGUCAUGUUUUGCAGAAGGGUCAAAUACUUAUUUCCCUCAUUAAAAUGCAAAUCAAUUUAUAACAUUUUUGACAUGCGUUUUUAUGGAUUUAUUUGUUGUUAUUCUGUCUCUCGCUGUUCAAAUAAACCUUCCAUUAAAAUUAUAGACUGAUAAUUUCUUUGUCAGUGGGCAAACGUACAAAAUCAGCAGGGGAUCAAAUACUUUUUUCCCUCACUGUAUGUGCAAUGGUGACGAAAGGACAGGAACUGAUAGAUAAACAGAGAGACGGAGACUUACAUGAUGACAAUACCCCUACUUUUCUCCAAAAUUGAGUUUUUUCAAACCAUGAUUUCAUCAUCAUAGCUAAGUUAUUUAGGCACACCUAAUGUAAUGUCAUGUGGUAGGUGUCAUGUGGUAUGUUCUGUGUGCCAGGUGACUGUUGGCUGCUGGCAGCGAUCGCUUCACUCACACUGAAUGAGACUCUACUACAUCGGGUGGUGCCCCAUGGGCAGAGCUUCCAUCAACAGUAUGCUGGGAUCUUUCACUUCCAGGUACUUCUACACUUCACCACCUUCCCCCGUACCACUCCUACCAGUCCUUACCGCUCUUACCCGGCUAUACCUUUCCUGUCCUGUUCUGUCCAGAGCUACUCCUGUUUUCCCACAUAUUUAUAUAUUUGACCCAUCUCCAGCUCAAUAUCCAGUUGGUCUGCUAUGAUUUCAUGCCAUUUAUUUCAGUAGACUCUACACCCAAAUGCACAGACCUUUACAAUACACUAGCUACUGUAACUGAUCUGGCCCUCCACCCUAAAUUCCCCACUACCCAGCACAGGGUUGGAGUGCCACUGCCCCACAACCCCCAACUCCUCCAGUCAGUCCUGUCCUCACAGGCUGCAUGCAUGCUGCUAUAUUUACUGCCAGUAUUUAUAGGUGGACAUAAACAGUGUGUCACUCAGAACAGCAGGGCAGGGCUGCACCAGCACCCUGCUGGCAGAUUCCUACAGGGAGCACCAGGCCAGCCCCGCAGCCCACCGGCCGGCCUGGCCCCCCCUGCUGGCAGAUUCCUACAGGGAGCACCAGGCCAGCCCCGUAGCCCACCGGCCGGCCUGGCCCCCCCUGCUGGCAGAUUCCUACAGGGAGCACCAGGCCAGCCCCGCAGCCCACCGGCCGGCCUGGCCCCCCCUGCUGGCAGAUUCCUACAGGGAGGACCAGGCCAGCCCCGCAGCCCACCGGCCGGCCUGGCCCCCCCUGCUGGCAGAUUCCUACAGGGAGCACCAGGCCAGCCCCGCAGCCCACCGGCCGGCCUGGCCCCCCCUGCUGGCAGAUUCCUACAGGGAGCACCAGGCCAGCCCACCGGCCGGCCUGGCCCCCCCUGCUGGCAGAUUCCUACAGGGAGCACCAGGCCAGCCCCGCAGCCCACCGGCCAGCCUGGCCCCUUUAACACCCACCCAAAGAGAGGGCAAGGGAUAAAGAUCUGGGGCACUCACUUAGCAUCAGAUGCAGUGCACUCAUAACUGAAAGAGCACAGCGGUUGUUUUAUCUCUUUGGGUUUGGACAAACACUCUGGGGAGUCGGCUGAACUGCAGUUGUCUUGUUGCCAAGCAAUCUACUCUGUCCCUGGCAACCUGCAGCAGAGCCUCUCCCAGCAAUGAAUGCAGCAUAAUAAACACAACCAUCCUUAAAUCACAGAAGUUAUACAUUACUGCAUUUGUAUGGUGUGUAUCCCAAAUACUAUUUUGUAGCAGUUGUGCUCGUCUCCCAUGUUGUGUACCUGGUGUGUAGUUCUGGCAGUUUGGGGAGUGGGUGGACGUGGUGAUUGAUGACAGACUGCCAGUGAAGGAUGGAAAGCUGCUGUUCCUCCACUCAGCAGAGGGGGCAGAGUUCUGGAGCGCCCUGCUGGAGAAGGCCUACGCAAAGUAAGGACAAUGGAUGGCGAGAAAAAGGCAAUUUAGUGUACAGACACAACAUAACAAACUGUUAUAACAGAACUGUCUGUCUGUCUGUCUGUCUGUUUGUCUGUGUUACAGGCUCAACGGCUGUUACGAGGCCCUCUCAGGGGGCAGUACAUCGGAGGGAUUUGAGGACUUCACAGGGGGCGUGACAGAGAUGUUUGAGCUGAAGAAGGCCCAUCCAGACCUGUUUAGCAUAAUCAGUAGAGCAGUGGAGAGAGGAUCCCUGCUGGGAUGCUCCAUAGAUGUUAGCAACACACGCCAUGCACACACACACACACGCACACACACACAUACACACAGUCUUGUAUAACUAACCUUGUGGGGACACACAAUUCAGUCCCAUUCAAAAUCCUAUAUUCCCUAACUCUAAACCUAACCCUAACCUCUGUAGCUCAAUUGGUAGAGCAUGGCGCUUGUAACGCCAGGGUAGUGGGUUCGAUCCCCGGGACCACCAAUACGUAAAAAUGUAUGCACGCAUGACUGUAAGUCGCUUUGGAUAAAAGUGUCUGCUAAAUGGCAUAUUAUAUUAUUAUUAUAACCUUAACCCUCACCUUAACACUAGCUCCUAACCCUAAAACUAACCCUAGCUCCUAAUCCUAAUCCUAACCCUAGCUUUUAACCCUAAACCUAAUUCUAACUCUAACACUAAUUAUAACCUUAACCCCCUAGAAAUAGUAUUUGACCUUGUGUGGACUAACAAAUUGUCCCCAGUUGGUCAAAUAUUUGUUAGUUUACUAUUCUUGUGGAGACUUCUGGUCCCCACAAGUAUAGUUAAAACAUGUUCACAUACAUGAACACAAACACACACACAUACACACACUAUUCUUUAAGAAACUAUUUGUUUGUGCGAUAUAGAUCCCGUACAAAAUCAUUCUCGAAUUCUCUCAGAUCUCUGGUGUUUUCGAGAUGGAGGCGAUGACAUUCAAGAAGCUGGUGAAAGGCCAUGCCUACUCUGUGACAGGUGUGGAGGAGGUGAGUGAAGGACCUGGCUAAUGGAAGUUUUGAUUAACAAUACACAUAUAGUUUUAUCACAGACAGCACCUCAUGCUUAUUGGCUAGGUGGAGUUUAAAGGAAGUCCCACCAAGCUUCUGCGGAUCAGGAACCCCUGGGGAGAGAUGGAGUGGACCGGAGCCUGGAGUGACAAGUGAGAGAAGAGGUGGAGGGAGAGAGAGAUAGAGGUGAGAUGGGGAGAGAGGGGAAUGAGGUGGAGGAGAAUUGGGUAAGAGUUAGUUCAGGAAAAGUUCAGUCUUGAGUGAACUUGGGCUGGUGAUAUAUAUUUUAAGAGAUGUGUCAGUCUUUAUUUGUGGUUUCAGUUCAAAAGAGUGGGCUGGAGUUGAACCAUCGGUCAGAGCUAGAUUGUACAACCGUAGCGAAGAUGGAGAGUUCUGGUAAGUAGUUUGUCAAGAGUUUUUUAAUAUUCUAUAUUUUUAGGGUAUUGUUUUGCCAAUACAAAUAUCCUAACACAAUAUUAAGCUAAUAGUACCCUCAAGACCAGUCUCUCUGCCUCUCCCAUAAACCCUCCCACACAGGAUGUCAUUCCGUGACUUCCUGCGUGAGUUCAGCCGUUUGGAGAUCUGUAAUCUGACAGCAGACGCCCUGCAGGCCAGCCAGGUGAAGAAGUGGAGCUCAGCGCUCUACCCUGGAGAGUGGAGGAGAGGCAGCACUGCAGGGGGUUGCAGGAACUACCCAGGUACAUUAGGAAACUGAAUUGAGAGAGAAGGGGGACAAGGAGUAAUAGAUUAGUUUUUGUAUGUUUUCCCAUCUUCUCUACAGCAACGUUCUGGCUCAACCCUCAGUUCAAAGUGGCCCUUCAGCACCCAGACGCAGAUGGCCAAUCAGGUUGCAGCUUCCUGGUGGCGCUGAUGCAGAAGGAUCGUCGUCGGCAACGGCGUGAGGGGAAAGACAUGGAGACCAUUGGAUUCGCCAUCUAUGAGGCAAGAUAUUUACUCCAGUAAUUAUUUUUAUUUGGUAACAGUCAAGUUAAGAAUCUGUAAGAAUGAUGUGACUUAAAUACCUUUCUAUCUUUCUUCUAGGUUCCAGAAGAGGUAUGACACAUUCUGGAAAUGCUAGGAGUCCAUCUCUGCAUGAGACCAUAACAGCAAUCUCUACCCACAAAUAUUGGUCCUCUCCUUUCUGUACCAUCUCCUAUCAUCCUCUUUCCUUCUUUCCUCUCCUCCUCCUCUCUCCUGGACAGUUUACAGGUCGGGCCGGGGUGCAUCUGAAGAGGGACUUCUUCCUGACCCACAGCUCCAGUGCCCGGUCAGAGCUCUUCAUCAACCUGAGAGAGGUCAGCACCCGCUUCUGCCUGCCCAAGGGAGAGUACAUCAUCGUCCCCUCCACCUUCGAGCCCCAGAAGAACGGAGACUUUGUGCUCAGGGUGUUCUCUGAAAAGCCAGCCGACUCCCAGUGAGUGAAGGGUGGUGGGGUGGGGUGGGUAGCUCAGAGGGAGAGAGACAUAUGAAAACCUUAAGCCAAUGAAACUGGCUAAAGACUUGCUCCUCUCCUAACAGGGAAUUGGAUGAUGACAUCACAGCUGAUCUGCCUGAGGAGGUGAGAAAUGGUUUUGAACUAAUUCAAACCAAGAUGAAUCUAUUGACUAAUCAGCAUACAGCAGAUGUACAGAUGAGAGAAAAGCCAAACGGUCUGUGUGUGUCUGCUGCAGAUAGUGCUGGAUGAGAGCCAGAUUGAUGCAGGCUUCAAGGGUCUCUUCAGACAGCUGGCUGGAACGGUGAGAGAAACUACAUUUUUGGCGGGAGCCAUGGUACUUGUAGUCCUUUCUUACUUUAUUUUAUUCUCACAGGAAACGGAGAUCAGUGCCUCCAAGCUUCAGACCAUCCUAAACAGAAUCGUCAGCAAGCGUGAGUCUGUUAUACUGGCAUCUCUUUUGGUUAAAGGGAAAAGGCAUGUGAGGGAAGACUUGUAUGGUGUGUUCACUGUCACUUUCUGUGUCACAGAUAAGGACCUGAAGACAGACGGCUUUGGGAAGGAGGCUUGUCGUUGCAUGAUAACUCUCAUGGAUGUAUCCUUAAUUACAACUUCUUUAUACCCACCCUGAUGUGUGUCCAUCAACCAUCACUGUGCUUCCUCUUUAUUGCUCUCAGUCUGUCCUUGACAUUGAUUUGACAGACCACCGGCACCGGGAAGCUGGGCUUGACAGAGUUCCAUGUGCUGUGGGAGAAGAUCAAACGGUACCUGGUGAGUCCAGCAUGUCCUACUCUUCUAAAUAGACCUCCGAAGCUUUCAAGCUAUUGUUGGGUAUGAUUUCCACACCAUGUUUGCUGUUGCCAACCUUUGUAACCUCUCUCCACUGUUCUCACCCUCUCCUCCACCAAGUCAGACUGUUAAUAACCGCUCUCCCUCUCCUCCACCAAGUCAGACUGUUAAUAACCUCUCUCCCUUUCCUCCACCAAGUCAGACUGUUAAUAACCUCUCUCCCUUUCCUCCACCAAGUCAGACUGUUAAUAACCUCUCUCCCUCUCCUCCACCAAGUCAGACUGUUAAUAACCUCUCUCCCUUUCCUCCACCAAGUCAGACUGUUAAUAACCGCUCUCCCUCUCCUCCACCAAGUCAGACUGUUAAUAACCGCUCUCCCUCUCCUCCACCAAGUCAGACUGUUAAUAACCGCUCUCCCUCUCCUCCACCAAGUCAGGCUGUUAAUAACCUCUCUCCCUUUCCUCCACCAAGUCAGACUGUUAAUAACCGCUCUCCCUUUCCUCCACCAAGUCAGACUGUUAAUAACCUCUCCCUCUCCUCCACCAAGUCAGACUGUUAAUAACCUCUCUCCCUCUCCUCCACCAAGUCAGACUGUUAAUAACCUCUCUCCACUCCUUUCUCCCUCUCCUCCACCAAGUCAGACUGUGUUAAUAACCUCUCUCCACUCCUUUCUCUCUCUCCUCCACCAAGUCAGACUGUGUUAAUAACCUCUCUCCACUCCUUUCUCUCUCUCCUCCACCAAGUCAGACUGUGUUAAUAACCUCUCUCCACUCCUUUCUCUCUCUCCUCCACCACGUCAGACUGUGUUAAUAACCUCUCUCCACUCCUUUCUCUCUCUCCUCCACCAAGUCAGACUGUGUUAAUAACCUCUCUCCACUCCUUUCUCUCUCUCCUCCACCACGUCAGACUGUGUUAAUAACCUCUCUCCACUCCUUUCUCUCUCUCCUCCACCACGUCAGACUGUGUUAAUAACCUCUCUCCACUCCUUUCUCUCUCUCCUCCACCACGUCAGACUGUGUUAAUAACCUCUCUCCACUCCUUUCUCUCUCUCCUCCACCACAUCAAAUCAAAUCAAAUUUUAUUGGUCACAUGCGCCGAAUACAACAGGUGCAGACAUUACAGUGAAAUGCUUACUUACAGCCCUUAACCAACAGUGCAUUUAUUUUUAACAAAAAAAGUAAAAAUAAAACAACAACAAAAAAAGUGUUGAGAAAAAAAAGAACAGAAGUAAAAUAAAGUAACAGUAGGGAGGCUAUAUAUACAGGGGGGUACCGUUGCAGAGUCAAUGUGCGGGGGCACCGGCUAGUUGAGGUAGUUGAGGUAAUAUGUACAUGUGGGUAGAGUUAAAGUGACUAUACAUAAAUAAUUAACAGAGUAGCAGCAGCGUAAAAAGGAUGGGGUGGGGGGGCAGUGCAAAUAGUCCGGGUAGCCAUUAGCUGUUCAGGAGUCUUAUGGCUUGGGAGAAGCUGUUGAGAAGUCUUUUGGACCUAGACUUGGCACUCCGGUACCGCUUGCCGUGCGAUAGCAGAGAGAACAGUCUAUGACUAGGGUGGCUGGAGUCUUUGACAAUUUUGAGGGCCUUCCUCUGACACCGCCUGGUAUAGAGGUCCUGGAUGGCAGGAAGCUUGGCCCCAGUGAUGUACUGGGCCGUACGCACUACCCUCUGUAGUGCCUUGCGGUCGGAGGCCAAGCAGUUGCCAUACCAGGCGGUGAUGCAACCAGUCAGGAUGCUCUCGAUGGUGCAGCUGUAGAAUUUUUUGAGGAUCUGAGGACCAAUGCCAAAUCUUUUCAGUCUCCUGAGGGGGAAUAGGCUUUGUCGUGCCCUCUUCACGACUGUCUUGGUGUGUUUGGAUCAUGAUAGUUUGUUGGUGAUGUGGACACCAAGGAACUUGAAGCUCUCAACCUGUUCCACUACAGCCCCGUCGAUGAGAAUGGGGGCGUGCUCAGUCCUCUUUUUUUUUCCUGUAGUCCACAAUCAUCUCCUUUGUCUUGGUCACGUUGAGGGAGAGGUUGUUGUCCUGGCACCACACGGCCAGGUCUCUGACCUCCUCCCUAUAGGCUGUCUCAUCGUUGUCGGUGAUCAGGCCUACCACUGUUGUGUCGUCGGCAAACUUAAUGAUGGUGUUGGAGUCGUGCCUGGCCAUGCAGUCAUGGGUGAACAGAGAGUACAGGAGGGGACUGAGCACGCACCCCUGAGGGGCCCCCGUGUUGAGGAUCAGUGUGGCAGAUGUGUUGUUACCUACCCUUACCACCUGGGGGCGGCCCGUCAGGAAGUCCAGGAUCCAGUUGCAGAGGGAGGUGUUUAGUCCCAGGAUCCUUAGCUUAGUGAUGAGCUUAGAGGGCACUAUGGUGUUGAAUGCUGAGCUGUAGUCAAUGAAUAGCAUUCUCACGUAGGUGUUCCUCUUGUCCAGGUGGGAAAGGGCAGUGUGGAGUGCAAUAGAGAUUGCAUCAUCUGUGGAUCUGUUGGGGCGGUAUGCAAAUUGGAGUGGGUCUAGGGUUUCUGGGAUAAUGCUGUUGAUGUGAGCCAUGACCAGCCUUUCAAAGCACUUCAUGGCUACAGACGUCAGUGCUACGGGUCGGUAGUCAUUUAGGCAGGUUAUCUUAGAGUCCUUGGGCACGGGGACUAUGGUGGUCUGCUUGAAACAUGUUGGUAUUACAGACUCAGCCAGGGACAUGUUGAAAAUGUCAGUGAAGACACUUGCCAGUUGGUCAGCACAUGCUCGGAGUACAGGUCCUGGUAAUCCGUCUGGCCCUGCAGCCUUGUGAAUGUUGACCUGCUUAAAAGUCAAAGGCUUGUGUCACUGGGCAGCUCGCGGCUGUGCUUCCCUUUGUAGUCUGUAAUAGUUUUCAAGCCCUGCCACAUCCGACGAGCGUCAGAGCCAGUGUAGUACGAUUCAAUCUUAGUCCUGUAUUGACUCUUUGCCUGUUUGAUGGUUCGUCGGAGGUCAUAGCGGGAUUUCUUAUAAGCGUCCGGUUAGAGUCCCGUUCCUUGAAAGCGGCAGCUCUACCCUUUAGCUCAGUGCGGAUGUUUCCUGUAAUCCAUGGCUUCUGGUUGGGGUAUGUACGUACGGUCACUGUGGGGACGACAUCAUCGAUGCACUUAUUGAUGAAGCCAGUGACUGAUGUGGUGUACUCCUCAAUGCUGUCUGAAGAAUCCCGGAACAUGUUCCAGUCUGUGCUAGCAAAACAGUCCUGUAGCUUAGCAUCUGCGUCAUCUGACUGUGUUAAUAACCUGACUGUGUUAGCAUCUGCGUCAUCAGACUGUGUUAAUAACCUCUCUCCACUCCUUUCUCUCUCUCCUCCACCACAUCAGACUGUGUUUAGGAAGUUUGACCUGGAUAAAUCUGGCACCAUGAGCUCCUAUGAAAUGCGGAUGGCACUGGAAUCAGCAGGUACUGUUUUAUUACUGUUCUAGUAGCAUCCUCACUAAAUGUAUAAAGCACAAUAAUAUAACCAACACUGAGUUGACUGUGCGUUUACUGUGAAUGCAGUCUUCUCUAAUGCCAGAACAUUGCCUUUAAAUUUCAAUCAAACUGUAACGUUGACCUUCCGCAAGUACGUAUUGAAUAGAGCCCUUUUAAGUGCAUAAUAACAUGACCAGCUCUGCCCCUGGUCACUUUAUCCAACAGGAGACCAGUCUCUACCUAGUACUACCAUGACAAGCUACCCGUUUGUGUAACCAGGCAAAAAGUCUAAAAUAGUUUUGCUGAUAAGACUAGUUGUCUAGGUGAGAUAUCAUAAGAGCUGUGUUUGAUGUGCUGUUCACCCACUGUCCCUUUCUCUACGUCAGGCUUCAAGUUGACCAACCACUUGUUCCAACUCAUCAUCCUGCGCUAUGCAAAGGAAGACCUGAACGUGGACUUUGAUAACUUUGUAAACUGUCUCAUCCGCCUGGAGACCAUGUUCAGUGAGUUGACUUCAUCUACAGCAGUGAUACCUCUGAUAAUGCUACUACCAGUAGAGAUAACCACUCUCUGUUCACCAUUCUAGAGACCUUUAAAGAAAUGGACACUGAUGUAGAUGGGGUGGUAUCCUUCAGCUUCUUCCAGGUAUGUCACAACCAUCAGAAACUGUCUUCUUAUUUUGAGGGAGAGCAGCUUGUGGAGUUUUAACGUCAAACUGCUUUUGAGCCCAGACACAACUGUUCCUUUCUCUAUCAAUGUUUUACUGGUGUCAUUGAAGUGUGACUACUUUAAGCUGUUAAAUGUGUUAUGAGGUGUUGGUAAAGUCUUUGCUCUCUUUCCUCUAGUGGAUCUCCCUCACCAUGUUUGCCUAG